CGUUGUUUGAUCCGUCGUGGAGCCAAAGAGGAUUCCUCAAUCAAAACACAGAGCGUAGAGGACAGUGAUGCAAUUACGCAGUACAUGUCUUUUCGUGGACACGAGAACGCACGCAUUUCUUUGCCAUAUGGUUUGACUCCAUCCGCUUCCUCAUAUUGCAGUUGACCUGGACGUGGCGAGGCGAUUCAAACGGUUCCUGUUACGAUCCCUGUUCAAGAUGUCAGGCCACACACCCUCGCUCUUGAGACUGGAACAGAAGGCCGCGGAGGCUGACCAGAUCAUCGAAUAUCUCAAGCAGCAGGUCCAGCUGCUGAAGGAGAAAGCCAUUGUGCAGGCCACAGUGAAAGAGCAAAAGAAACUAAUGGUGGAGAACGCCAAGCUCAGGAUGGACAUUGAGGAAAUGAAGAAACAACUUCUGGAAAUGGAAAAGAGUAGAGGAGUGAAAGAUGUGUCCGUGCCUUCAGCAGAGCCCAGCAUCCAGUGUGUCUCUAAACCCACAGCCUCAGCACCACCUGCCCCAGCAGCCCCUUCUGCUCCAGCCGCAAAAAACCCACCAGCCAAAAACAACGAUGACAGCAAGAAGGUGAAAGCCGAGAAGAAGGGAGAGAAGAAGGAAAAGAAGCCUGCGGCUCCUCCUCAGGAAGAGGCAAAAGUAGACGUGUCCCGAUUGGAUUUGCGAGUGGGCCGCAUCAUCAGUGCUGAAAAGCACCCUGACGCCGACUCCCUCUACGUCGAGCAAGUGGAUGUUGGUGAAGCUGCCCCACGCACUGUUGUCAGUGGCCUGGUCAAACACAUCCCUCUGGAGCAGAUGCAAAAUCGUAUGGCUGUGCUUCUAUGCAACCUAAAGCCUGCUAAGAUGAGAGGCGUCUUAUCCCAGGCCAUGGUCAUGUGUGCCAGUUCUCCAGAGAAGGUUGAAAUCCUGGAUCCCCCGAGUGGAGCCACGGCUGGAGACAGGGUUACCUUCCAGGGCUUCCCAGGUGAGCCCGACAAGGAGCUGAACCCGAAGAAGAAAGUGUGGGAGCAGGUCCAGCCGGACUUGCGCACCGAUGACCAAUGUGUGGCCACUUACAAAGGAGCCGCCUUUGAGGUCACCGGCAAAGGAGUGUGCAAAGCUCAGACGAUGAGUAACAGUGGAAUCAAAUAGAAACUUCCUUCCGUGAGAAGGACCUCUUUAACUGCGCUCAAUGAAGGGAUACAUUUAAGACGAAUAAAGUCUUUUUGAAUGCUA